AUGAAAUGCCAGUACUCUCACAGCGUCAGUGCGCUGCUGGACAAGGCGGAGCAGUUCAGCUAUCCAGCUAUCCGGAUUGGCCAGUUGGUCAAGUCUCCCUUAAAAGGUCAACGUCUGCAUUGGUGCCUGCGGUGGUAUCGGAUUGCUCUCGGCAUCACCUGUGCCAUGAUUCUUCUCCUCACUGGUGGCCUAAUAGCAUUGACCCUUCUGAUUUUACAGAGCAAGGGAACAUCAAAUGUCACCAAUGGAACCAGCUGCCUUGUUGCGCCUGAUCCUUGCUUGCGGCUGAAGCAUUUUCUGUGCAGCUCUGCAGACAACACAGCAGAGUUCACUAACGGCUGUAAAUUGUGUCCUGUGGGGUGGACAUUGCACAAAGACAACUGUUACUGGUUCUCUAAGGGGAAGAAAAACUGGACCCAGAGCCACAAUGACUGCAGAGCAAAGAACUCUUCACUCCCUGUGCUUCAGACCCAGGAGGAAAUGGACUUCAUAACAAAGAAGGCAGACACCGUGAUUUGGUUGGGGCUCAGAACCAGCCACUCUGGAAGGUGUAUCUGGGAGUGGGUGGAUGGAUCCCCCUUCAGGAAAGAACUGUUUUCUGUGUCAGGCCCUGCUGAAGAGCACAGCUGUGCAAUGAAAAGAAAGAAUGUGGUUGCCUCAGAGACCUGUAAUGCUCUCUCUUCUUGGGCAUGCAAGAAGAAUGCUUUCCCGAUACAAGCUCAGCCACUGAAUCCACUGGCAGGAGUCAGCGGCCCCCUGCCUGGAUAAGGGAUUGGCUCCUUUCUGGGCCUGCAAGAUCCCCCACAGUCCACGGCCGCCUCCCACCUCUGGAAUGCUCUUCAACCCUCUUGCCAUGAGCUCUUGCCACAGGCUGACCUUCCAGGAUCCAGGAUACGUUCACACUGAGAACAGGCGACUGUCACAAAUCUCGGCCCUUUGGGGCACUCACAGAAAGGAAGCCACCAUGGCAAUGGGAACCGGGCGACUCCACUUGCCUGAACCCGGGGUGGGCACGCGGGGCCCUCUUGGCGUUUCAGCCCGCAGCACCCAGGGCCCCGGCCUCCCUCUCCAUGGGCCAUGCUGUUUAAGGCUGACAGGAGCUCGAGGCCAAAUGCUCUGGAGGGCCACAUAGCGCCUUCCCUGUGCUGCAUUUCCAUUCACAGAAAUGAAAGGGUUAAAAGGAGUGCCGUGUGGAUGAGUUGGGCUCUCAGAUUCAUAUUAUGUGUAGCAAGGGGGAACUGGACUGCCAAUAAGUCUGACUUUCUUCAUCCAAACACUGCCAAGUUUUCUCUCACA